GACGGCCUGACCGGAAGCGCCUGGGGUGACUGGGCCAACUACACUGCCUCGCCGCUCCGAGCGUUCGAGAACGAGCUUGGUGUUCAGGAUCCCGUCGGAUUCUGGGACCCGGCUGGCUUCACCGCCGAUGGCAGCGUGGAGGACUUCAAGCGCCGCCGCCAGACCGAGAUCAAGCAUGGCCGCAUUGCCAUGCUGGCGGCGAUGGGCUACAUUACUCCUGA